CUCUUCGAUUUGCUCGGCACCGCUCAGAUCAAGAUGACGUUCACGUUGCCAGAACUCAAGUACGAAUACAACGCGUUGGAACCCUUUGUGGACACCCAAACGAUGAACAUCCACCACACCAAGCAUCACCAAGCAUACAUCAACAACAUUAACAACUACAUCAACACGGCCCAAGGUGAGGAAUUGAAGACCAAGUCGAUCCUGGAAGUUGUCAAGUCCGCGACUGCCCCUGCGGUCCGCAACAACGGUGGUGGACACUACAACCACAGCUUGUUCUGGACGUGGAUGACCUCCCCUGGCUCGACCAACACUGCCCCCCAUGGCAACUUGAAGGCCCGAAUCGAACAAGAUUUCGGAUCCGUCGACCAAAUGAAGGAGAAAUUUAAUGCUGCUGCGUCCACCCGCUUCGGCUCUGGCUGGGCCUGGUUGGGUGUGCGUGCUGACGGUUCCCUCGGCAUUACCUCCACCCCUAACCAAGACAAUCCGUUGAUGCCCAACACAGAAGACCCCAUGAUCCCUAUCCUCGGUUUGGACGUGUGGGAGCAUGCGUACUACUUGAAGUACCAGAACCGCCGCCCCGAGUACAUCUCGGCCUUCUGGAACGUGGCCAACUGGGACAAGGUGGUGGAGUACUACGACCAAUACGCUUCUAAGGGCCAAGCCGUGCCCGUUUGAGGAUCUGUGGCAGUUUUGCCGCUGUCGUCGUUGUGACCUUCUCGAAGCUUUCAUUUUGAUAAUAGCAGUUUGUGCAAACGAACUUUAUGUGCAACGUGCGAAGAAUGUCACAUGAGCUCUCAGCAUUGUGCAUCGAAGUGUUACGUCACAAUUGAUCAUGUUCACAUUGUCGUCGC